AUUUAGUUUGCCAUGGUCUGUCUUUCAGGCCAGUAAUUGAUUGAGUUGUGACCGUGUGUGUUUGUGAUUAUCCCUAAGAAGGGAAUAUUUUAAUAGAAAUGGCGAAUAUUUUAAAGUAUGUCCUUGGAUCAACAAUCCUAACAAUCACGCUGUCCUUGGUGGCAGCGGAAUUGCCUCGUAGCAUGUUGAAUGGUGAGGCUGCCGCCACAUUUGCGGGAAAUGUAAAUAAUAUUGAAACGGAACUUACAUUCGAAUCUAAAAAAGUUGCGGACAAAUUGCUGGAUGAAACAAAGAUUGACUAUCGCUUGCCCACAGCCAUAAAACCCACAUUCUAUGAUUUGUAUUUGCAUCCCGAUAUCAAAACUGGCAAUUUCACGGGUCAGGAAGUGAUUACCGUCAGCGUUGUUGAGGACACGCAACAAAUUGUUUUGCACUCACAUAAAUUACACAUCAGUUCUGUCUUCACCUCAAGCGGCAGCGUCAAAGUGGCCAGCUAUGAAUUCGAUACUUUGCGUCAAUUUUUAAUUGUCAAUAUGGAGGAGGUAUUGAAGGGUGGCAGCGAAAUGCGUUUGGGCAUUAUUUUUGAAGGUGAAAUGCUGGGAAAGAUUGUUGGCCUUUAUAGGAGCACAUACUCAACACCCAGCAAUGAGAAAAGACACAUUGCCACAUCGCAAUUCGAACCGACCUAUGCCCGUCAAGCUUUUCCCUGUUUCGAUGAGCCAAAUAUGAAGGCAAAAUUCCGCAUUACAUUGGUAACACCAACUGGCGAUAAUUAUCAUGCUCUCUCCAAUAUGAAUAUAGAGAGCACAACAUUUUUGGACGAUUAUACAGAAGUUAAUUUCGCCACCAGUGUUGAGAUGAGUACAUACUUGGCUGUUUUUCUCAUUUCGGAUUUUGCCAGUACCACCAGAACUGUUAAUCCCGUAUAUGGAGAACCAUUUGAUAUUCGUAUUUUCGCAACACAACAUCAGCUAUCGAAAACGGCCUUUGCUGCCGAUACCGCAGCAGCUGUGAUGGAAUAUUUUGUUAAGAACUAUAAGGUUGAAUAUCCUCUGCCAAAGUUGGACAUGGCUGCCAUUCCCGAUUUCUCUUCGAAUGCUAUGGAAAACUGGGGUCUAGUGACAUAUCGUGAGGCGGCUCUUUUGUACGAUCGUGACAUGAGCUCUACUUGGAAUAAACAGCGGGUUGCUGCCGUAAUUGCUCAUGAAUUGGCCCACAUGUGGUUCGGAAAUCUGGUUACAAUGAAUUGGUGGAACGAUCUCUGGCUAAAUGAAGGGUUUGCCCGUUUCAUGGAAUAUAAAGCAAUUAAUAGCAUUAAUCCUGAUUGGGGUUUGCCCGACCAAUUCUUAUUGCAUGCCUUGCAUAGCGUUAUGAAAUUCGAUUCAACGCCAUCCUCCCACGCCAUUGUCCAGCCCGUCGAGACACCCGAUCAAAUCAAUGAAAAUUUCGACACCAUUAGCUAUGAAAAGGGUGCUUCGGUUAUUCGCAUGUUAGAAGACACUGUCGGUGUUGAGAAGUUCGAAGAAGCUGUUACGAAUUAUUUGAACAACUUUAAAUAUAAAAAUGCUGUUACCGAUGAUUUCCUCACCGAAGUGGCAAAUACCAAUCCUGGCUUUGAUGUCAAAUUAAUGAUGCGCACCUGGACCGAACAAAUGGGCUUGCCUGUGGUCAAUGUAAAACGAAGUUCCGCAACCACUUUCGAAAUUACCCAAAAACGUUUCUUUUCGAAUGUUGAAGAUUAUGAGAAGACCUAUGAUGAUUCGGAAUUCAAUUACAAAUGGUCUAUACCCCUUACCUAUUUCUACGAUGCCGAUGCCACAGUGCGUCGCACUUGGUUCAAUUAUGACAAAUCGUCGGCAUCUGUUUCGGUACCAAUUGACACGAAAUGGUUGAAAUUUAAUAGCCAUCAAGUCGGUUACUAUCGUGUCAAUUACGAAGAUGAUAUGUGGCAAGAAAUUAUUUCGGCUUUAGUGGCAUCACCAGAGAAAUUCGAUAUUGCCGAUCGUGCCCAUUUGUUGAACGAUGUCUUUGCCUUGGCCGAUGCCAAUCAAAUUAGCUAUGAUGUCGCCUUAGAUAUGACGAAAUAUUUGGAAAAGGAAUCUGAUUUUGUACCAUGGUAUGUGGCGGCCACUAAACUCCAGGCCUUGCAGGGUAAUCUUAUGCAAACGGAAAUUUACAUGGAUUAUUUGUUGUAUGCCCGAUCGCUGAUCGAAAAAGUUUAUCAGGAGGUUACAUGGAAUGUCGAUGAAAAUAAUCAUUUGAAAAAUCGCCUUCGUGUCAGUGUCAUUACGGCUGCCUGUUCCUUGGGUUUGCCAGACUGCUUGGAUCAGGCCUCAAGUCGCUUCACUGCCUUCUUGGCCGAUCCUACGAAUAAACCUGAACCAGAUCUAAGAGAAGUGAUCUAUUACUAUGGCAUGCAGAGAUUGGGUAAACAACAACAAUGGGAACAAUUAUGGCAACUAUUUUUGGACGAACAAAAUGCCAGUGAAAAACUCAAACUGAUGUAUGGUCUGGCCGGAAUUCGUGAACCAUGGAUUUUGAAGAGAUUCAUUGAUUUGGCUUGGAACGAAGAGAAUGUGCGUAGUCAGGACUAUUUCACUUGCAUUCAAAACAUUGCCGCCAACUCUGUGGGAGAACCCAUUGUCUGGGAAUAUAUUCGUGAAAACUGGUCAACCAUGGUGGCUCGAUUCGGCCUAAAUGAUCGUUACUUUGGCCGCAUGGUGUCGAGCAUAACAGAACGUUUCACCACCGAAACUAAAUACGAAGAAAUGUUGGAAUUCUUUGGCAAAUAUCCUGAAGCCGGAGCUGGUACCACGUCACGUAAACAGGCCUUGGAGAAUGUAAAAUAUAACAUCAAUUGGUUGAAGAGUAAUUUGAAGGAUGUUGAAAAUUGGCUGGAAAAACAAAAGAAUUAAAUUUAAAAAAAAAAAAAAAAAA